AAAUCUAUCGUUUAACGUUCUGUCCGUAACGCCGAGAUUCCCGGAUAAGCUGUACAUGACUUCGCUGAAGGUACGAUCGUCGACGUCAGCUCCAGUGUCCGACGAAGGUGUGUUACGUGUACGAGAACGGGAACGUGAUCUGGACCUUGAACGCUGUCGACCAAAUAAUGGUGACCGACCAACCUAAAAUCCAACAGCGAUUGAAAGGUCCCAUUCUGAUAUCUGGUUUAUCGACAACGAUUAAACGUGGCUAGGAGUUAAUUCGGAAUUAAUUAAGGCUCGUCGCUGGGACGCACUUUCUUUGGAUCGUUAUCUAUCGUUGGGCGUGAAUGAACGAAAAUAAAUUGGUGGAUAUAUCUACGCUUACGGAUUUUUUUCCGUCGCCAUAUUGAAUUCGUGCAAAAGAAACGGUAGCCGUACGCUCACCCAGGAUUAUCAGCGAAACCGCUAAACUUUCGAGAUUCUGGCCACUUACCGAGCGACAUGUUCACUUUUGCGUCAAUCUCUGACAUUUUUCCUCUCUUUCUAUUUUCUAUCUGUUUUUUUUUUACUAGAAAGACACGAGGAUCGCGAACUCGAUUACCCGAAUUAUCUUUCGAACGUCACCACUGAUCGUACAAAAUGACAUCACACGACGCACCGAACCUAAGUGAAUACAAACGGUGCAUCGGCAGCAGGAAGUCAUCGUCGCCCUGACCGGAAGUCACCGUUCAUUUGACCAAGGAAAUCGAUAAUAACGACCGCGAAAAUUUUGAACUACUCUGAACCCUCUGAACUGAACUGGAUUAUUGUUAAAUCCUUUCCUGAAUAGUAAAUCAUUUUUCAAUGAAAAAUUACCUGCUUUUAUUAUUCUUCGCUCGUUACAGAUACACUCGGAGGUUAAUCGAAGACAAUCUAUGGAUUUGUCACAUGUUUCUAAUCACCGAUAGAAUAUCUAUUAUUUAAACAUGGAAGUUUUAAUUCGUAGAGGAAAUCGCGAAGAUUGUAAACCUAUAAGUAACUUGAUACAAGAACUAGCUGAUUUUGAGAAUAUGCCAAAUGGACCAAAGAUUGAUUAUACAACAUUAGAAAGAGAUGGAUUCGAUACAGAUCACCCAUUCUUCAUUUGCUUCGUUGCAGAAGUUGAUAAAAAUAUAGUAGGAUAUGCAAUUUUAUAUUACACGUAUUCAACGUGGUGUGGUAAAGCGAUGUACCUGGAAGAUAUAUAUGUGACACAAGAACAUCGAAACAAGCAUAUUGGCAGUAAGCUAUUAAAAGCCAUAGCUAAGGAAGCUGUAGACAACAAUUGCUGCAGAUUAGAUUUUUCAGUUCUCAAUUGGAACCCUGCGCAAGAGUUUUACAAACUUAAAGGUGCUGCAGACUUAACUGUAGACGAAGGAUGGCAUCAUUACCGUUUUUCAGAUAUUGCUUUGAAAGCUUUAGCAACCCGUACAUAUCUCUUUUCUUCUACCGUGUCAUUGCACGAAUCAGCUGCAAUUCCAGUUCCUACUUCAAAAGAAAAACUAUGUAAGGAACACGUUGAAGAUGUCUAUGAAAGCGAUUCCGAUUUGCUAUCGCAUAGCGAUAUGAGCUGGGGUUCGUUGCAAAAUAGAUAUGUGCCAUACGAAAUUUUAUCCGACAAAUUUACUUCAUCGUCGUCGUCGUCAUCUUCUUCUUCUUCUUCUUCUUCUUCUUCUGCACUUUCUUCUAGCUCGAGUUCUAGUUCAUCGAUUGUACUCGAUCACAUGCCAGUGCCGACAAAUAUAGAUGCAAUGCAUUGUGCAAGUGAAAACAGUUGGAGUAGUUUCGCUUUAGAUGCUAAUGCAUGGGAUGACGAUAAAGCACCUGUUGUACAACUACGAAAUCUGAAAGAAGUAUUAUUCGACGAUUUAGAAUUCUGUGGAUUUUUAACAGACAGACUAGUAGGAAUUGCAUCAUCAUUUUUGGCUAAAUCUCCAGAAAAUGGCCUUUAUGUUUUAAACAAAUGUGUCAUGAGAAAUAUGUCUAUUUCAAACAUUACAAUGUUACAUUUUCAUCGUUAUUUGAGAUACAUUGAUCUCUCGUAUAAUUAUAUUUCAAAUUUAUCUGCUUUGGGAAAAGUCCCUUAUUUAAUGCAUUUAAACCUGGCGCACAAUAGAGUGAGCAUUAUUUUAAAUUUUCAACCACCUUGGUACUUAACUUAUGUAAAUUUAGCCUACAAUUAUGUAUCGGAAAUGCGCGAUAUCAGUUCCUUUUGGAGUAUCGUACACCUGGAUUUAUCGCACAAUGCAAUUGAAGUAAUUAAUGGCUUACAUAAUUUAAAAUAUCUCAAGUAUUUGAAUUUGUCUUAUAAUUUAAUCGAAUGUAUCGAGAAUUUGGAUAAACUGAAUAUUCAAGAACUCAAUUUGGAAGGCAAUUGUAUAACAUCAUUCAAAUCUGCUAUACCCAAUUACAACAUAAACACUUUGCCUCAUUUACGAAAAAUAUAUUUAGGAUAUAAUAAAAUAUCUACCUUGGAAUUUUUUAAAGAUGGAUACAGUUUACGUGUAAUAGAUCUGAAAUUUAACAGAAUCUCCGAUUUACUGGAAUUAUCGAACUUCAAAGGUUUCAUAGAUGAAAUAGACCUCAGAGGCAACGGUUGUACAAAGUGGCCUAAUUACAAAGCCGUACUUUUAUUCUCCGUACCAAGUAUACAAAAAAUUGAUGGUAUUCCUGUGCUUACUUCCGAAAAAAUUGUUGCAGCAACCCUGUUUGCAUCGCCAGUGAACUUAACGGCAGCCCGUACUGUAACAAAAUUAACUUUAUUAGAACAAUUAAAUACACCCACUAUUGAUCUGCAUGUUUUACCAUACGAUGAAGCUAGCCCACCGUUAUUGGUACUUACAGGUCCAUCAGCAGUGAAAAAGAUAUCUUUAGCCACUCAUGUUGUUCUAACACUUUCAAAAAAAAUCAAAUAUUGUUCAUGGUAUACCACGAAGGAGAUAGGAGAGAGCGAACUGGAGAAACAAUCGUACAUUUUUGCGGAUAGAGAAGAAUUUAAUGACAUGUCUCGUCGCGGAGAAUUUUUGGCAAUUCAAGAAAUGUUAGGGAACAGUUAUGGGUUUCAUCACAAUCAAAUCGCUUCGUUAAUACUCGAGAAGAAAAUUGGUAUCACUCAAAUGGAUUUACACGCAACUAUACAAAUGUGUAAAAGAUAUUCCAAUACCAAACCAAUUCUUGUAUUAACAAAAAGUGAACAAAUCCAUCGUAAUUGGGUACAGGAGAAGUUCGAUGUUUAUACAUGCGUUAAGGAUAGCACAGACUGUUUGCAAACUGAAAGCAAUAGUAUAAACGAGAGUACUACAGAAUCUAAAGAAACCGUCGAAGAUAGUUUAAGCGAUGUACAGAUAAUGUAUUUCUAUAUCUUUCAAGUAAUAUCGUUCCAACUACUGUCAAACAGAACUUUUCUUCUUUAGGUUCUAGAUAGCUCUCAAUUGUCUGUAGAAGCAGAAAGUAAAGACAUGGCUUAUACACGUGAAAGUAACUUAUCGCUACCUAUGGACGUUUCAUCGAAAAAGGAGCUGGAAACCGAGGAAAAAAAAUACAUAAAAUUUCAAGGAGAACAAGAAGAACUUAAUCACGCACUUACAAAGUUUCUCGAUCCAACAUUCAAUGCGACGUUAGACGAAGAAAAUGAUUUAAGGGUAAUAUUGGAUAAAGGAUUGACUGUCAUAGAAGAAGAUGAAGCUACAAAACGAAAAAGACAUCAGGCGAAACUCCUGCAACGUAGGAGUACGUUAAUACACGGAGAACCAUUUACCGUAGAUAAUUUAAGCGAAUCUGUGUCAAGUGAAGGAACAUUAUUUGAUCAAUUUCUGAUGGAAACAAAAAAUCCGGAAUACUUAAAGGAAAUGUAUACCGAUCUUGUAAUGAAAACAAGAACAAUGUACUUAAACCAACACCUAAAUAAUCCAGGAUUCUUUUCUUUAGUGUUGCUGACGGAUAAUUAUAACGAGGCUUUCAAUAAUCUCAUCAAUUUCAUUUAUAAAUCGUAUAUGGGCUAUUCCACUGAAAAGCCAAAGUUUUUCACUGAAAUUAAUCACUUUUCCCAAGUGGCUAUUCCCUCAAUGAUUGAUACUGUAGUCGAAAAAAUAAGACAGUCAUUAUCAACGUCAAAGUUACAAACGAAAACGUGGUUAAGAACGUACGGCAUUGCAUCGUUUAAAAAAUUAAUGCCCAGUCAAAUGACACAAGAUGCAAGAACAUGUACCGACGAUUAAUUAGAAGUGUAUGAUUCAUUGGUGUGUAGAAAUGAAUUACAUACAGGAUGAACAGAUUUUUCCAAAAAUACUUCUGUACAAGGAACUAUCGGUUAAGAGGUACUUCCUGAUUAUUAAACGUAACAGUGAAGGAACUCUCGUCGACUUUAGAUACAGGAUUUUGUAGAAACAAAAAUUUCUUUUGAUUAUCGGUAUGUUUCGAUUCAGAUUGACUUAUUUGAAUCCGUGGUUGAUGUAACAUAUUAUUCUUAGAAUUCACGUUUUUCGAUAAUUCAUUCGAUUCUGGUUGCAAUAAAGAAACCGAAUACGAGUUCUCAAGAUCCGAUUUAUCGUUUAUAUCUGUGUGCUGUUUUAAGUGGUCGUGCAAACUGUGUUUUUGCUCAAAUACCAGAUUGCAAUGAUUACAUCUGAAAAUGAAGUAGUAACGAUAUACAUAUAAAAUUAAAAUGUACACUCUUAUUAAUUUACAUACGUACUGGUAUCGUGUCUCGUUAGUUUUCUUUAUUUUAUUUUCAAAUGGAUAAUGAACUUUUUGGUGUGCAAUUAAAUUGUAUCGUUCGGCAAAACGUUUUCCACAUAACGUACAAGUGUACGGUUUUUCACCAGUAUGAGCUCGUACGUGUCUUUUUAAAUGAGACGUCGAAAGUAAAGAUAAGUCACAAAUCUGUAA